UAGUUGAGGAUAGUCAGUUUCCAUUUGCACGCUAAAAACAUAGGACGUCCAUGUAUUUCCAUUGAACAUGGAUAUUACAUUUCUGGGAUCUUUGCUCCUCACCCUGCUGGUCUCCUGUCUCCUGAUUUACUCAACAUGGAAUAAACUGUAUCGAAAAAGGAACUUACCCCCUGGUCCGACACCGCUACCUCUGCUGGGAAAUAUUCUUCAAAUCAAGAGGGGAGAGCUGGUAAAAUCAUUGUUAGAGUUUGGAAAAAAAUAUGGUCCGGUUUACACUCUUUACUUUGGUCCAAGGCGUGUAGUGGUGCUAUGUGGGUACCAGGCAGUCAAAGAAGCACUAAUUGACCAAGCAGAUGAGUUUAGUAAUCGGGGAAAGCAAUCAAACACAGAUAGCUUUGUCCAAGGAUUUGGGGUUGUUUUCAGUAAUGGUGAAAGAUGGAAGCAGCUACGACGCUUUUCCCUCACGACUCUGAGAAAUUUCGGGAUGGGUAAACGAUCCAUUGAAGAGAGGAUUCAGGAGGAGGCUCAGUGUCUCAUGGCUGAAGUCAGGUCAUACAAAGGGAAGUCCUUUGACCCGACCUCCAUCCUCGUACAGUGCGUUUCCAAUGUAAUCUCGUCCGUUGUGUUUGGAAGUCGCUUUGAAUAUAAUAACAAAAAUUUGCAGACACUCCUCAGCCUGUUUGCUGCUACCUUCACCGACAUGAGCAGCCCGUGGGGACAGUUACAUGAGAUGCUUCCAAUGGUCAUGAAGUACAUUCCGGGCCCUCAUCACAGGAUAAACAAGCACCUCAACAAGCUUCUUGAGUUUGUUUCAAAAAGAGUGAAAAAUAAUGAAGAAACUUUGGAUCCCGACUCACCCAGAGACUACAUAGACUGUUUCCUGAUCAAAAUGCAGCAGGAAAAACAAAAUCCAAUGUCAAACUUCCACAUGAAAAACCUCCUGAUGACUGUUCUGAACCUUUUCUUUGCUGGGACUGAAACUGUGAGCACCACUCUACGGCAUGGGUUCCUCAUACUUCUAAAAUAUCCAGAGAUAGAAGCCAAGUUGCAUGAAGAAAUAGACCAUGUGAUUGGACAGAACCGAAGCCCAACCAUCGAGGACCGGAGCCAAAUGCCGUAUACCGAUGCUGUGAUCCAUGAAAUCCAGAGAUUUAGUGAUGUUAUCCCAAUGAAUGUUCCUCACUCGGUCACAAAAGAUACGAAGUUCAGAGGAUACGAUAUACCCAAGGGCACUGACGUUUACCCAUUACUUUGUGCCGUUCUUCGAGACCCCAAACAGUUCACCACUCCCAACAAGUUCAACCCGAACCACUUUCUGGAUGAACGUGGGCACUUCAAGAAGAACGAGGCUUUCAUGCCAUUCUCUACAGGGAAGCGGAUCUGCCUGGGGGAGGGUUUAGCACGGAUGGAACUCUUCCUCUUCCUGACUACCAUCUUGCAGAACUUCAAACUAUCCUCAAAAACACAAUUCACUGAGUCUGACAUCACCCCUAAAAUGAAUGGAUUUGCAAAUUACCCAAUUCCGUACCAGCUCUCAUUCAUUCCCUAUGGAAGCCUCCACAGUAAAACACUCACAAAUGUUAAAGAGCUUGGUUGUUUAAACGAAAAUGAGAAAAAUCCAGAAACGCCAUUCGAUACGGUGAAUCUGGUAGCAACAGUGUUUGACAUGUUCCUUGGAGGUGCCGAAACUACAGCUCUUUCAAUAAAUUUUGGCUUUUUGAUACUUAUCAAGUUUCCAGAAAUUCAAGAAUGUCUGCAUGAAGAGAUUGACCAAGUCAUUGGCCGGGCUCGAGACCCAGUGGUGGAAGACAAGAACAAUACACCAUAUCUGAAUGCCUUCCUUCAUGAGGCUUUGAGGUUCAGUGAUGUCCUACCAAUGGGUGUUGCUCGACGCGCAACAAAAGAUGUGAAUUUCCGUGGCUUUCUCAUUCCCAAGGGAAUGGAUAUUUUACCGAUGUUAACUACUGUGCUACAUGAUCCCUCUCACUUUGAAACGCCCAGUGUGUUUAACGUGAAACAUUUCUUGGAUGAAAAUGGAAAGUUUAAGAAAAAUAAUGCUUUCUUGGCAUUCGAUGCAGGUAAGAGAAACUGUAUUGGGGAGAGCUUGGUACGGUUGGAAAUCUACAUCUUCUUUGCGAUCAUCCUGCAAAAAUUCACCCUCAAGGCAACUGUGGACCCCAAGGAUCUGGAUAUUAACCCAGUUGAAUGUGGGUUUGAAUCUUUACCCCCCGUUCAUGAAAUAAUGUUUAUACCUCGAGAGUAAUGGAGGAAGGAUCACGAACGAUGCAAUGUCACUUCUUUUCUUCCUUCUCAUUGAACCAAUGUUUCCUCUUGAUUAUAAAACACAUGUGACAUUAUAAUUAGCAGUAAUUUGUAUUAAUCUUAAUGAGGACAUGUCACUUUCCAGGAUUUUUAAUUUAAUACUAUGUUUGCUUAUUCAUGUAUCUAACAAAUGUGCAUAUCUAAAAUAUGAGAAAU